AUGUCUGCUAUCGAGAACCAGAGUGCUUUUACAGACAUGGCCGGCUCAGAUGAGAACGUUUGGAUCGUCGACGACUUUGACCCAGCACGGAAGGAUCUGAAUGUGACCCCAGUGCCCUUCAACAAGGCACCUACCAGGAAAACAUCGCUCAACAAUCUAAGGAUUACUACCUUUUCCCAGCCAGAUCUCCAUGAGCGCUACAAUUCAAGCGAAGAAGAACCCUCCCCUAGCCCCGACAGUGGAAGCCAGUACGAUGAAGACGAGGACAUUGGGUCUGCUCGCGUGGAAUCCGAAAAGAUACAAGCUACUGAGGAUGGGUUUGACAUUGACAAGGAGAACGAAGCGCCUGUUGAAGCAUUCUUCGAGGAGGCCAAACCUGAAAUCGCGGUCGCCGUCCCCAUCAUGGCCAUUGGCCGUCCGAAACUCAUCGACAUUACAAACAUCGCACCUAUGCACAAGCGGAAAAGGAACAAUGAAUAUUCCCUUCUUGUUCGGACCCUAUCCAACAAUUCGGUGCGCCGCAUCUUAACGGAUGUGAAGGAAAGCUCGCCCCCGACACUGUCGUCGGCAUCUAGGACGCAUGCAGACGAAGAAAUACUUCGCCGGCGGCAAGGCACAUCCAUUCAACAACCUGACUCAUGGCUCCCAGACGAUGAUAGUACAAUACCAGAGGAGGAUGAAGGUGCAGAAGACGAGGACGAAUACAUACCGGACCUAGAUUUGCACAAACCACUUUCAUAUAGCGACUACGACCCGUACUCCCUCAGUCCGCCCAAGCUAUCACCCAGAAAUUCAUUAAGUGCCCCAAGCAAGAAGCCCGGCAGUGUCGCUCGCGCACGGAAUGAGGCCAACAGACCAUUGAUCUUCGACAGAAGACCUAGCUUGAGAGGACUCGGACGUUCUUUUAAUCUGGCAAAGCGACAAGACACACAGUCUCCGCCCAAGCAAAUCACGAAGAAGCCGAGAAUGCUUCCACGAGGUGCUACAGAGCGGACAGAGAAUCCUCUUCUUCCUCCUUUUCCCGCAAAAGGGAGGCAAAUUGCAACUUGA